AUGAUAUUUCUAUUUUUUUUAUUCAUCGAAAUACUACUUGCAUUUAGGAAACUUUAAAUUAGUCAUACUCAAAGUGCUCUUUAUAAAAAUUACAUAAUUUUCAAUCAAAAUAAUGCUAUUGCAUAUUCCUCAAUUCAGGAUCUUAAUCAAUUUUCAAUUAUUUCAGAAGAUAUGAAUGAGUUUUGUCUCCAAAAUGAUUUUCUUGCUGUUUGGUAUUAUUCAUCAAAUAUAAUUAAGGAACAGAGAUAUAAUUAUCAUGUAUACCUUAUAAGAAGAGAAUGAAAACACUAUUAAUGUAGCAGAAUCAUUUAAUAUUAAAAAUGAAAAUUUCAUCAAUAUAACUAUUUCUUCCUUUUAUUUUAUAGCUCAAUUUAGAAACCGUUCAUUAUAUGUACAUAAUUUAUUAAGUCAAAACACAAGAAUACUAGAUUUUACUAAAAUAGAAUAAUAAAAUAGCUCUCCAAAAUAUAUUGAGGUAUAUAAAUAUGAUUCUAACUUAACUUUUACAUAUUUGAAUUCAGACAACAAAUUUCAUAUUAAUUAUUAAAAUGAAAAUAAUCUAUAAUAUGAAGAGAAAGUUUGGAUGAGUAUUCAAACUGAUUUAUUUUCAGCAUAAUAUUGGGAAAAUGGAACUGCUAUCUUUAUGAAUUCUGAUUAUGUUAAUUAUACAAUACCAAUUUAAGUUUUAUUUUGGCAUGUUUACGAUGAUGAUCUAUUGGAAUUUCUUAGCAAUCGAAAAUACGACUAAAAUUCUAAAAUCAAUAUUAAAUAUUUAUAUUCAAUUUAAGAUACUUAUGUAUUUGCUAUUUUUACAAAUAAAGGGAUUUGUUAUCAAUAUUAUAGUUAGAGUAUAUAAAUCAACUAUGGAAAUAUUCUUUGUAUGAAAAUUGAAGAUGAAUAAUAUUAGUUAUAUGAUGUAAAUUUUAAUUAGGGACUCUAACUUCUACUGAGAAACAAUCAAACAAAUGAAUUAGCAAUCGAUUAUUAUAAUCAAUGUUUAUUAUAUUCAAUCAACCCUAUUAAAAAUUCAUGCUCUUUAUGUUUAAAGGAAUAUUGUUUUAAUGAAUGUCAUUCUAUUAAAUCAUAUUAAUGCAAUGAUAAUAAGAUAUAUAAACUAAGUUGGACUUUUAUGCUUAUUUUUCUUUUGAUUGGUUUCAUAUUUUCAUUGAUAAUUUAUUGCAUAACUUAGAUAUUAGAAUGUUUUAUUCAGCUUAAAUAAUUCUUGUAGUUUAUUGGUGGUAAACUAUCAAAAUUUCUGAAUAUUAGAAUGCAACAACUAAAAAAAAAAUUAUAUUAAAAAUUUAAACGCAUAUUAGCAUAAUCGAAAAAUAACACCUGUCCUAUUUGUUUAGAAGAUGUAAUUGAUGCAAGAUUUUUUCCGUGUUAGAAUCAUACAGCAUGUUAUGUUUGUUUCAGAGAAUACAAUAAUAAUUAAUAAAUGACAUGUCCUUUUAGAGAUGUAUGA